AUGAAGUGCGGAUAUUUCGGAGUUAUUGAGUGGUCUCGCAAAAUCGGAUAUCCAAGAGUGAUUGAAGUAUCGUGCUGGAUGUUUAUUUUAUUGAUUGUUUGUUCACGACGGACUCAUUCAUUGGCUUUUGAUAAUACAACGGAUCUUUUUGUUCAAAAAUGUGAAAUGGAAUGCAAUUUAAAGAGAGAUUAUACAACUUGUGGCAAAUAUAAAGUCGCGAAAUGGUUGAACACAAUAGUGAGAGAAAAGGAAUUUAGUUACGGACCAUUUCGAAUAAUAAGGAUACCAUCGAUUUACAAGCAAUCUUUUUUACCCUAUUUGCCACGUUCUCAAGCAUUUAAAAGUAGUAUAACAGAAGCUCUGAACUUUGUCAGAGAUAGUGUAGAGGAUUUAUUGACAAAACGUGCCAUUGUAUAUACGAUAGACAACUCGGCAGCUACUAGAGAUGCUAGAGACUUCUCUUCGAAUUUGAUGUUUAUGGAUGAGGAUGAACUUGAGCGGCUAAAGGAUAGCAAAGAACCGGAAGGCGAUUGGCGAAUUUUCAAGAAGAAGAAAAAUAUUAUCUUCCCCAUUCUUAUAUUAUUAAAUUUAAUAAAACUAAAACUAUUGCUGUUACCAAUUUUCCUAGGAGUUCAUUUUAUCAAGAAACUUCUCGUACUUGGAUCAUUAAUUUUACCAUCAGUAUUUGCUCAUUUAAAGAUUUGCAAAGUGCAACACCCUCAUGCGCAUCAUGCACAUCCUUUUCAUCUGUGGUCCACCGCAGCGGACACAACAGCAGAUUAUCCAACAGGAUACGGAACGGAUGACAGUAAUUGGCAUAGAAACGAUUAUCAGUUGGGAUAUCCGAAUUAUCAAAUACUUCGCAAUCCUUACGGGUGA